CCGGCCCUGCGCCUCGCCCCGAAGGAGAGAAGCUAGAAAAGCCAGGCGAGGGCGGUGCUUUCCGCCCCGGCCGAUCUCACCCACCCGGCCGGCUCCGCCUCUCGGCUUCCUCCCCUCCGAAAGCUGCAGCAGCGGCGGCGGCGGCAGCGGCGCUGGGGCUCGUUUUUCGGCCGGCUCCUUGCGCGAUGUGAGCCUCUGGAUCGCAGAAGCGGCGGGCGCAGCGCGAUGGAGCGCACCAAGCUGUUCGUGGCGCUGGAUGUGCUGUGCCUGGUGGUCGCCUCACUUCCAUUCGCCAUCCUGACCUUGGUGAAUUCCCCUUACAAAAGGAGCUUCUACUGUGAGGACACUUCCAUCCGUUAUCCGUAUAAGCCGGACACCAUUACGCAUGGGGUGAUGGCUGGCGUGACCAUUCCCUGCACCGUUUUUAUAAUUUCGAUCGGCGAGGCUUACCUGGUCUACACGGAGCGCUUGUACUCCCGUUCCCAGUUCAACAAUUACCUGGCCGCCCUCUACAAAGUGAUUGGGACCUUCCUGUUUGGCAGCGCCGUCAGCCAAUCGCUGACCGACUUGGCCAAGUACACGAUCGGCCGUCUGCGGCCCAAUUUCCUGGCGGUCUGCCAGCCAGACUGGACCAAAGUGAAUUGCUCGCUUUACCUCCAGGUGGAAGACGUAUGCCAGGGCAACCCCAGAAACAUCACGGAAUCCAGAUUGUCAUUCUAUUCUGGACAUUCUUCCUUUGCGAUGUACUGCAUGUUGUUUUUAGCGCUCUACAUUCAGGCCCGGCUGGUUGGCAGAUGGGCUCGGCUGCUGCGCCCGACUAUCCAGUUCUUUCUCCUCUGCUUCGCCAUCUACGUGGGCUACAGCCGAGUGUCGGACUACAAGCACCAUUGGAGUGAUGUGCUGGUUGCUUUGCAGGGAGGACUCAUCGCUAUUCUUACGGUCCGCUACAUCUCUGACUUCUUCAAGGAGAGGCCCCAGUCACCGUGUGCCGAACAGGACCUCGGGCGUAAACCCAGCAUCCCCCUGCCACUAAGCGAGUCGGAGUGUAACCACUGCAACUAUCGUGUCCCUGUGUGAACGGG